UGCCUGUCCCGGGAGUAGGGGGCGGCCAUGAGGGACUGACGGCUCUAUCUUCCAAUAGGCAGAGCCCCGGGACCUGCCCCUUAUGGCUCCGGGGAUAGAAAAGGGCGUAGAUGCCGGCCGCAGCGAUGAGUUGUAGUGGGUGCUGGCUGCUAGGCGUCCCCGAGGAGCCACCACUGUUGCCGCCGCCGCUGCCGCCACUGCCGGCAUCUUUGCAGGAGCUUUUGAGGUUUCAAGCGGGACAGAAAAUCUCCAGUUAAUGGAAGUUGCCAAGAGUGGCAGAAGACCAGGCCCCAGUACUCAUAUAAUCUUGACUCCCCAGUGUGGAAAACUCUGGGGUGAAGGUGGAGACCUGUGGACAUGGAGACUGAGCAGCAUUCGUCAGUGUAGACGUGUCCACCACAAGAGAGUGAAGGCUGGCUGAGCAGUAAGAUGUAUUACUGUCCUUGAACACUAGCCCAUUUGAGAACACCAAAGAAGCUCAAACAUCAGCAUGUCCAAGUACAAACUUAUUAUGUUAAGACAUGGAGAGGGUGCUUGGAAUAAGGAGAAUCGUUUUUGUAGCUGGGUGGAUCAGAAACUUAGCAGUGAUGGAAUGGAGGAAGCCCGGAACUGUGGGAAGCAACUCAAAGCACUGAACUUUGAGUUUGAUCGUGUAUUCACAUCUGUCCUUAAUCGGUCCAUCCACACAGCCUGGCUGAUCCUGGAAGAGCUGGGGCAGGAAUGGGUUCCUGUGGAAAGCUCCUGGCGUUUAAAUGAACGUCACUAUGGAGCCUUGAUUGGUCUUAACAGGGAGGAAAUGGCUUUGAAUCAUGGUGAAGAACAAGUGAGGCUCUGGAGAAGAAGCUACAACGUGACCCCACCUCCCAUUGAGGAAUCUCAUCCUUACUACCAUGAAAUCCACAAUGACCGGAGGUAUAAAGUGUGUGAUGUACCCUUGGAUCAGCUGCCACGAUCUGAAAGCUUAAAGGAUGUUCUGGAGAGACUCCUUCCCUAUUGGAAUGAAAAGAUUGCUCCUGAAGUAUUAAGUGGCAAAACCGUUCUGAUAUCUGCUCAUGGAAAUAGCAGUAGGGCGCUCCUGAAACAUCUGGAAGGAAUCUCAGAUGAAGACAUUAUCAACAUUACUCUUCCUACUGGAGUCCCCAUUCUUCUGGAACUGGAUGAAAACCUGCGUGCUGUUGGGCCUCACCAGUUCCUUGGUGACCAGGAGGCUAUCCAAGCAGCCAUUAAGAAAGUAGAGGAUCAAGGAAAAGUGAAAAAAAGCUAAAAAAUAAAGUCUUUCCCAAGUGCUGGCUAGGAAUAGAUGCAAAAGGAGUGGCAUGCAAUGUGUUACGUGGUACUAAACUAUUUUUUUCCCCUGAUUUUCCAGAUUUUUCAGAGCUAGGCCAUGGGAUAGAGUUUGUGUAGGUAACUAGGUAACUUGGCCCAGAUAAGGCUUUUGGAUACCUGAGUGUGUAUGUCUUAAGUCUUAUGAGUUAGCUUUCCUGCUAGUCCUGUCUGAGUUAGUCACCAAACUAGUAACCAGUGGGGUUUAAUCAAAGUAAUAAUUUUCUGAAACAGGAGAGUAACAAGUAGAGAUGAAGUUAAAGGUAUCUAUCAUUCAGUAAGUCAUUAUUGAGUCACCACUGACAGGUACUAUUCCAAUAAGUAGUUCACUUUUAUAUUUAAUAAGAUUUUCUGGGAUGAUAGUAAUGAAUAUUAAAUAAUACACUGUAAGUAUUUAUUACUAAUCUUUUCCUGUAGGAAAAGGGAUAUUUUGAUAGUUAAAACUAGAGGCCCAUUAAAUGGGAAAGUCACAGAUUUGUUCCUCCAAGAAAGCCAACAACCACCUCACAACAACACAAACAACAACAAGGCCCUUAAACUUGUUUUCUGGUCCAGAGACAUCCUUUGACUGACAUUUAGUAAAAAUCCUCUUUGGCCACUAGAAAAGCAGCAUAUGGACAACUAUGGCUGUUUAGGUUCUCUUUUUGUUUUGUUUUUGUUUUUGAACUUUAAUCUCUGGGUACUUACAAUUAGUUUAAAAAUAAAGUUCUGUGACUGAAAAUGACAUCCCCAAA